AUCAUUAUCUCUCGUGUGAGUCAUCAAUACAUCCAUUGUUUGCAUCCAAUGAUUGCGUUCUUCGUUUGAAACUCACUUUCACCACUCAAUCACUUUGGGAUCAAUGAAAACAAUGGCGAAAAGAGGAGCACUAGUGGUGUUGGAAGGCGUGGAUAGAGUGGGAAAGUCUACACAAGCGCUCAGACUCUCGGAAGCGCUGAAGACUAUGUCAUGUCCGACACAUUUGGUCCGAUUCCCCAACCGAUUGACACCAAUCGGGCAAAUGAUUAGCCAAUACUUGAAGGGCGGACAACAACUGGACGAUCGGGUGAUUCACCUCUUGUUUUCGGCCAAUCGGUGGGAAAUGAGGGAACAGUUGGAACAGCUGUUGUCGAGCGGGACGUCAGUGAUCGCCGACCGAUACGUGUAUUCGGGUGUCGCGUAUUCGGCGGCCAAACCGUCGCUAGACUUGGAGUGGUGUCGACUCGCGGAUAGAGGUCUCCCGAAACCCGAUUCUGUCCUCUAUUUGACGGCUUCUGAGGACUCGAUCGCCGCCAGAGAGGGCUUCGGAGACGAAAGGUAUGAAACGAAAGCAUUUCAACAAAAGGUGCGAAACAAUUACGAGAAACUCAAAGAAGACUAUUGGGAGACAAUCAGUGCCGACAAGUCUGAGGACGAGUUACACAAAGAACUCUUGGAUUCUGUGCUGAAGACCAUUGAGAGAUGCCUCGCCGUCUGGUUUCACGAACACUCACACCUUCUCAAGGAAAAGGACUGCAUUUCGAUGCUCUUAGAGGUCAUCGAAUUGGGUAUUUCCGGCUCAAAGUCCAAGAAGAAUGGAUUCGUAUUCAAAGCCGAUAAGCAGCUAAAGCCCGCCUCAAUGAGAGUGCGAGAAGCGGCCGAAUCGCUCCUAACACUACUUAUGAAUCACUUCAACAACUGUCCUCCGAGUCCGUGCCCUCCAGAGUCCAUAAUCGGCUCCAGUCUUAUAGACGAAUCCAAUCUAUUAAAGUAUAUGUCGAUCGGAAACAAUUGGACGCAUGAGUCGGCGUGCGAUCGGUUCAAGUACUUUGUGAGCGAUAACCUUAUAAUGUUAGCCGUUUUGGAUCAGUUGGAACCGAAUAGCAAACAGACUGUUUGUAUAAUCCGUUCUCCAUUUGGCAAAUACUGCUGGACUUUCGCAUUCAAACAACUGUCUAAAAAGCAUAAGAAAACGCUCAGCGAUCAGGUGUCGCGCCCGUUGCCAAAGCCAGACAUCACAUCGACCACAAACACUCAUCAAAUUCGUCACUUUCCAGAAUCGAUGGACAAAAUAAAGUUAACCAAA